GAGGCCGUGGCGGCGGCGCGAGACGAGGCCUCCGCGUUCAUGGCCUACUUUCCGCCAGAGAUAGAGGACUCGGUGAUCGCCAUGACCAACCUCGAAGCGGACAGGCGCAGGCCCGCCAUCGACGGGUGGAAGCCCAUGGGCCGCGUCGAGUUCCGGGCCUACGUGGGGCUGCUGGUGCUCGCCGGCGUGUACAGGUCCCGGGGAGAGGCCUGCGAGAGCCUGUGGGACGCCGAGAGCGGCAGGUCCGUGUUCAGAGCCGCGAUGCCGCUCAAGACCUUUCGAGCCUACUCGAGCGCGCUGCGCUUCGACGACAGAGAGACCAGACGGGCCGGGCGAGGCGAGGGCGGCGGCGGCCACGGCUACGACAAACUGGCCCCCAUCAGAGCCGUGUGGGACGAGUGGUGCGCGAGGCUGCCCGCCAUGUACCGCCCGGGACCGGAGGUCACCGUCGACGAGAGACUGGUGCCGUUCAGAGGAAGGUGUCCGUUCAGACAGUACAUGCCCAGCAAACCGGCCAGGUACGGGAUCAAGAUAUGGGUGGCGUGCGACGCGCGUUCCAGCUACGCGUGGAAGAUGCAAGUCUACACCGGCAAGCCCGACAAGCGCGGCCCUCCCGAGAAGCACCUGGCCACUCGAGUGGUCGUGGACCUCACCGAGGGACUGGCGCCGGGACGCAACGUCACGUGCGACAACUUUUUCACAUCGCGCGAGCUCGCCGACAGGCUCUUUCGCGAAAGAGGCCACACCGUGCUGGGCACUCUGCGAUCGAACAGACCCGAGAUCCCCAGAGAGCUGCGAUGCGUCAAGGGCAGGGCCGUGGGCUCCGUGGAAUCCGUAGUACUCGGCGGCUCUGCGGGACCGAGAAGAGGAGGAGGAGGAGGAGGAGGAGGAAGGGGGCCAGACACGAUCAUCCUCUCCUACGUGGCCAAGAAGAACAAGAACGUGCUGCUCCUCACCACCGCUCCUCGCUACCACCACCACCACCACCACCGCCGCCGCUCCGGCCCCGAGCCCCGGCCUAGCCGCAGCAGCAGCAACAGCAACAGCAACGGCGGCGGCGGCAAACCUCCCUUGGUGCUGCAUUACAACCGCACCAAGGGAGGUGUCGACAACCUGGACAAGGUCGUGAGCACGUACAGCUGCAGGAGAAAGACCUGCAGGUGGCCCGUGGCCCUUUUCCACAACAUGGUGGACGUGGCGGCAUACAACGCGUUCGUGCUCUGGAGGGAAAUUCACCCCGACUGGAUGGCGGGCAAGCUCAACAAACGAAGGCUCUUCCUCGAGCGGCUGGGCAAAGCGCUCGCGCGCCCCAUGAUCGAAGCCAGGGCGUUGGCGCGAGGAGGAGGAGGCCGAGUCGCGGCCCGAGGUACUACUACUGAGGCUGAUGAUGCUCAUGCUGAUGUCGCUACUACUACUACUGCUGCUGAUGCUGCUGUUUCUCGUACUACUCGUACCACCUCCACCACCGCCGCUACGCCGCACGACUCCUCUCCAGUCAAGAGGCGAAGGUGCCGCGUGUGUCCCAGGAGCAAAGACGUCAAGACCAAGAUCCUGUGCCAUGAGUGCCGAGUGUACGUGUGCACCAACUGCGCCGUCACGUACUGUCCCAACUGCGCCGCUUCACGCACCGCCGCUUCCCAGACGCCGCCGACUUUGUAA